UCAAAUUCACAGACGAUAGUCAUGUUUUGGUAGUCCAUCGCUCAAAAUGUAUAUCCCAUUCAUUAAAAAUCAAGGGAGACUAUUCCAAUACUUGGCCACUUUCUCCGGGACAUUUUCUGUCAUCACCUCUGGUAUUAAUUUAGGAUGGACGUCCCCCUAUCUCCCACAACUCUUAGCCCCCACGUCCCCCAUCCCCACCACUAGCGACGCCGGCUCGUGGUGCGCCAUCAUGCCACUAGUGGGCGCUCCAGUGGGUGCUUUCAUCGCCGCCAUUUUGGGUGACGUCGUCGGCCGCAAGAAUACAAGUUUACUUAUGGCCCCCAUCAUUCUCUUAUCUUUCAUAGGAAUGGCUUUUGCCCCUUCCAUCCUCCUUCUUUCAGUCUUACGUUUCAUAAUUGGCGCCACAGAAGGAGCUUUAUACACAGUCCUCCCAAUGUAUAUAGGAGAAAUUUCGGAUCCUCAAAUCAGAGGCUUUUUGACUUCGAUGGUGGCGAUAGCCGGAAUCGCGGGGACUCUUUUCAUCAACAUAAUAGGCCAAACGUACUCAAUCUUCACGUCGUCGUUGAUUUGUGCUUUUGUUCCCGUUAUCCACUUUUUGACGUUUGUGUGGAUGCCGGAGUCCCCGUAUUACUACAUCAAGAAGAAGAAAUUUGAAAACGCGCGGGAGAGUUUGAAGAUUCUGACAGGGAGGGGGGAUGUGGAUGAAGAAAUGGAAGAGUUGUGUACCGCGGUGGAACGACAAGAGGAAAAUAAGGGGAAGAUUACGGACUUAUUUACAGUGCGUGGAAAUAGAAGAGCCUGCUUCAUUUUUGUUAUAGUAUGCGUUACUAAUAAGUUCAGCGGGAAAAACCCAUGUCUAUUCUACACAACUAUGAUUUUUGAAGAAGCUGGAAGCAAUUUUAGCUCAGAAAUGUCAGUAAUUAUCUACUGCGCUGUGGAGUUAGUAGUCACACUUGUCGCUACUUUUGUGGUGGACAGGUGCGGCAAGCGUCCUUUGUUCAUUUUAUCGACACUUGGUUGUUCGCUUUCCGUGUUGAUUCUAGGCACUUAUUUUUAUUUGAAGAAUUUCGAAAUUCCACACUUUACUGAGAGUUGGGGGUGGGUGCCUAUUACGUCUCUGGUUGCAUAUAAUAUUUUGUUUAGUGUAGGGCUCGGAUUUGCCACUGUGACUGUAAUCAGUGAGUUAUUUCCCACAAAUGUCAAAACUGUGGCGGCAGGUAUUGCUGACAGUUUUUCUGUUAGUAUGGGGGCUAUAGCGUCGAAAUUUUUCCAGAUUACGAAUGACGAGUUUGGGAUGUUUGUGCCAUUUUGGGCUUUCGGGGCCUGCUGUAUUGUUGGAUUGGUACUGAUCGUGAAAUUUGUACCCGAAACGAAGGGGAAGAGUUUGGAGGAGAUACAAUUUUAUUUGAACGGGGGCAACGGCAAAGAAAAAAGAACAUGUGUGAACAAAUAAAAGAUAUGCAAAUUUUCUCAAAACUCUCUCAUCCCUAAUCAAUGUUCAUGUCACAGCCGUUCUAUUUGUAUCAACUCCAUAGAUGCAGACC